UUUUGUGAUUCGAUUCGAUUCGCCUCGACGCGCCUAUAUUAAUAGCCAGCCUUAAUUCUUAUUUGUAGUGUGUGACGUUCGUUGGAAGACUUGGAAGUGCUCAAGUGACGGGAUUGUUUGAAAAAAAUAUUUCCCUAUACCAAGACGAAGAUUACCCCGGGUACAUUAGACUGAUUCCCCGAGUAAACCAGAAACACUUAUAGUAUUUGAUAUUUAAUAGCUAAUUACUUACUCAUUUAUUUAUGUACUAAAUUCUUUUAAUUUAUUAUACGUAUGUUCUUAUAAUUUAUUAUUAUAUGUGCACUCCCCUGACUGCCACAGGCGGUAUCGGAAUCCUUGGCGUCGACAUCUCGAGUGAAGUCCCUUUCCACGGCCAAAUUAGCCUAAAAAAGCUCGGUGUGCUCAACAGAUCGAAACAGUAUUUCACACCGGCCCACCGUCUACAGCUUUAUAAGGCGCAGUUGCGCCCAUACAUGGAAUUUUUCUCAUUUAUGGGCAGGGGCACCCCAGUACCAACUUCUCCCUCUGGACCGCAUCCAACGAAGAGCGACUCGAAUUGUCGACUGCCAACGUAUUUCGGAUCGGCUUAACUCCUUGGCGCUGCGUAGAGAUUUGGCUUCGCUUUUCUAUCGCAUGUAUAACGGGGAGUGCUCCGAGGAAUUGUUUGGAUUAAUCCCUGCCGCUUCUUUUUGCCGUCGCCCUACGCAACAACAUUUCCAUCCUCACCACUUAGAUGGUUGGCAGUCCUCUACUGUAUUUCUCCGGGAAUUUGUGUCUCGCACAGCUAAACUGUGUAAUGAACUGUCGCUUGCGGUAUUUCCGGUCCGAUCGAUCUUCAAACCUUCAAGAAAAGAGCGUACUCCCAUCUUAAAGGCCGGCAACGCACGUACAACCCCUCUGGUGUUGCAGAUGUCCAUGGGCGACGGUAAUCGAUUACCAUCAGGUGAUCCGUCUGCUCGUUUGCCUCCUCUAUCAUAAAAAAAGGAACAAAUUCUCAUAAUGAACUUACAAAUAAAUGCUCUUCCUGUGAUUCGAGCCACGGGUUUCUUGCUUAGGACUUAGAACUUAGGUUGAGUUAGGGUUAGGAGUUUUUCUCCAAUAUGCUUGGAAAUGUUCACCUUAUUGUAGCAAAAAUUGUACGGGAAGUUCUUCGUUAUGGUCAAACUCAAAUUUAAAAAAUUCAAAACAUUAUUGUCGUGUUUUAGCGGACGGGAAGUUAAGUAUUACUGUAUUAUUCUUUACUUUUUUUAAACAUGCAUGCACUAAGAAAAAUGCAAACAGCCAAUUAAUAUAGCUGCAGGCUGCGUCUACACGACCCGGUCAGCAUUAUUUCAAGCUAUAGGAUAGAGUCGUGUAAGACCUUUGUGUAUGAUCGUGCGAAUACUGACAUAAUGCGAAUAAAAUCAAAUACUAUAUUAAUUUUAUUUUUAAGGAUCUCAUGCGUGCAAAUACAGCUUAAAUUGCACAAUUAUAUUGAAUGAGCGAAUAUUGAAUGGUACUGAAUGGCAGAAUAUUUGUGCCUUUAACUUUUAAAAAAUACUUAAAGAGGGAAAUUGUUUUUGACGUUUUUGAUGUAAAGGUUCGAUUUGAGUGCUGGUUGAUGCUUAUUUUACCUGAUUUCCUCGAAUGUUUGGAGAAACUCAUCCACGAAUUGCCAUUUCCUGGCCUUAGCAAUAAUGUACUAUCUAUUAUGUAAAGCCAUUAAUGUUUUUUUAAAUACAGUUGCUCGUAAAGUGCUACUUUACGUAGCUGUUUAGCGUGCGGAAAGUUGGAUUUCGCGAACUAGUGCUUUUCAUUUUUAUUUUUUUAUUUUUUAUUUGUACUUGUACCAAUUCAUGACUAUCUUAUUUAUGAGUGUUAAUGUUAGUUUACUUUAAAAGUCUCAAUGAAUAUAAAACCUUCUGUUAAUGUAAGAAUAAUAAAAUUAUACAUAUUUUAUUACUUACCUCUUCAUCAUUGUAACACGUUUAUUUUUUAAUAUUGUAAAACCGUUCUUAAUAAGUUGUCUGAUUGGAACGGAAUAGCUGCCGAGGAGGCGUUUUUUCUUACUGCAAGCAUGUUUUAAGUUUCCAAAGGCAACAAUAUUUUUGUUAAUCAAUUUAAAUAUACGAUACGCAAAUAAUCGAAAAUAACGAUGCUUAGGUACCUAAUAAUAGUACCUACAAUGUUUCUGUCUUAUAGAAUAUGCAUAAAAAUCUUGUUGUUUUCUUAUUCUUUCGCAACUGUAUAAAAAAACGUCGUUCGAUGCACGUGCGGAAAUGUUAUCCUUUCCGCACUUGCAUCGAAAUAUAUUCUUUUCAACGAACACUUUUUUCUUUAUUAGGGUGUAGCGUGUUGGCUAUGUGGGGCUUGUUUUUGUCCGUUUACCUGUCAACCUGCUGUCAACGCAGUGGAUCGCCUGUGUAAACUCUACUUAGACUAGACUAAAUGCCGUCAAUAAGCUGCGGUGACCGAUUAACAUCAGGCGGACAGCACGCUCGUUUGCCACCGCUAGUAUAAAAUACGUAAGUAUUGAAUAACAAAAUUAUCUUAAACCUUGAAUGGUUUAACAAUUUAAGACCGUGACCGCGCGGAAUAAACCAGAUCAUCACUCAUAACUUGCUAAAUAAAAAGUAGGUUCAAAAUCAGAUCAAAUCAGACUUACUCACGCAGGCAUGCCAAGUAAAGAGCUUAAAAAACAACCAAGAUAGCUUACAAUCAAGUUCAGACUAAGUUAUACGUACUAUAAUUCGGACCAAACCAGUCUUGUUCUCUCCGCGUUCCGGACCGCACGUCUGUACCUUCCCCAAAAUAUAUCGGGAUGCUCGAAACUUAUUUCGUGUUUUUCUGAGUGGAAAGACGCUCAAGUGUUGAAAAAAAACCGUGUGUCAGAUAUUUUUUCUUUUGGCGGGAAUUGAAAAGUUCGUCGUUUGUUUGUUUAUGGUUUCGGUUACGAACAUUAAAAUCUACAUUAUUAAUCGCUUGACUAUCAAACGUGAUUAUGUUUAAAACGUAAACUAAAGCGAUUGACACAGAGUAACAUAAAAAACAAAGAAAGACUAUGUGAUAAUGUGAAAAAGUGCGACGUAACCUAAAAGUGCGAUGUAGUCGGCCAUUCCGUGCGAUGUGACGGCCAUCUUGUGAACAUGGCGGCGGCUGUCAAGAUGGCUGCGCUGCUGGCGGUGCUGGCGCUGGCGCAGGCGCGGAGGGAGCCGUGGACCAAUGGGAGCUGGUUCAACAUGGGCCUCCUCGAAUUCGAGAAAUGGUCGAACCAGGACCUGUUUUCCGAGAAGUCCCGCCUGUGCGGCAAGCUCCGUGGCCUGACACCAGGUCAACGGCGCGUAUGCCGACGACACCGGGACCAUAUGACCGUGGUUGGAGAUGGUGUCAGACAGGGCAUCAGGGAGUGCCAGUACCAGUUCCAGCAGAGGAGAUGGAACUGCACUAUCAUGAAGGAUGAGACGGUGUUCGGACCUCUCACUGUCAUAGCAUCUCGAGAGACAGCCUUCACGCACGCUAUCAUGGCUGCUGGCGUGUCGCUGUCAGUGUCGCGGGCUUGUCGCGACGGACGACUGGCCAGUUGCGGGUGCAGUCGGGCUGCGAGGCCGAGGUCGCUGCAUUCAGACUGGGUGUGGUGUGGGUGUGGCGACAACUUGGAUUAUGGGUACAAGUUCACCGAAGACUUCGUGGAUAUUCGAGAGAGCGAACGCAAGGUCAAACGAGGCAGCCGAGAGCAGGGCAGACAGCUGAUGAACAGGCAUAACAACGAGGCUGGACGACGGGCAGUGAUCAAGAAAUCCCGCGUAACCUGCAAAUGCCACGGCGUGUCCGGUUCCUGCAGCCUAGUCACCUGCUGGCAGCAACUGGCUUCUUUCCGCGAGAUAGGCGACUACCUCCGCGAUAAGUACGAAGGUGCUACGGAAGUGAAAGUAUCCAGGCGCGGCAAACUGCGACUGAGCGACCCUCGGUACAGACUACCCACAGCCCAGGACCUGGUCUACCUCGAGCCCUCGCCUGACUACUGUGUGAAGAACGACUCAUUGGGUUCCCUCGGCACAUCAGGACGCGAAUGCAACCGCACAUCUGCCGGCAUGGACGGUUGUGCCCUUAUGUGCUGCGGGCGAGGAUAUAACACCAAGAAACUCACGGUCAAGGAGCGCUGCCACUGCAAGUUUCACUGGUGCUGCCGAGUUGAAUGCAACACCUGUAUUAGGACCGUGGAGAUCUAUACUUGCAAGUAGGACAUAUCAACAUAGACUCAGUUGCGUAGACAACAGUGUUGAAAGUUCCGUGGCAUGGUUCUGUGCCCCGGCCGUGCUGCGGGCGCGGCUGUAACACCAAGAAACUCACAGACAUGGAGAAGUACCAUUGCAAGUUCCACUGGUAAAAUUGAGUGUAAAACCUGGAUUAGAAUCGUCAAGGUCUACACUUGCAAGUAGGAUGAGUAAAAAUAGACCUAGUUGCGUAAGCAAUAGUGGCACAAGUUCCGUAGAAUGGUUUGCUUCAGCAGCUUUAGCUUUAUGUGCUGUGGGCGAGGCUAAACACCAAGAAACGUACGGUCGAAGAGCGAUGCCACUGAAAGUCCCAGUGGUACAACAGAUACGAGUGUAACACCUGUGUUGGGACCGUCGAGAUGUCCACCUGCAAAUAGGAUGUGUAACAAUAGACUCAGUUGCAUAAACAACAGUAAUGCGAGUUCCAUGGUAUGGACAACUAGAGACCAGACAAGUAUGCUGUGGGCGAAGCUAGAACAGCAUAAAACUACGGUCAAAGAGCGAUGUCACUGCAAGUUUCAUUGGUGCUGCAGAGACGAGUGCGACACCUGUGUUAGGAUCGUCAAGAUGUACAAUCGGGGACAUUCGCGGUGAACCAGUUCAGAUAAUUUUUGCCUCGAUCCUUAGGAACGAGCUAAACUCCACCUCCCAUACAGAUAAUCAAAUACGAUGCAUUUCGAUUUUUUUUUAUCUUAAUAAUGAAAAGCGUAAUGAAACAGUCAAUAUGUGGUGAGAACAGUUUAUUAGUUGUUGUUGUUGCUUAGGCUAAACUUCGCCUCCCCAUAAAGAUAACCAAUUAGGAUGUAUGUAUGAUUCCUUAUCUUAGUUUGCAAAUGCCGGCCACUACAAAAACAAUGGACGACAGUAAACUUUACCUGAGCUAACCUUUUUUUUGACACCCACUUUUUUAAGUGCCAUACUAUUGGUCAUCACUUUUGUGUUAUCGCCUCACCACCUGCAAAACGCCUAAAAGAUUUUCGCCCUUAAGGUGAUUCACCGCGAAUGUCCCCGAUAGUACACCUGCAAGUAGGAUGUGUAAUAAUAGACUAAGUUGCGUAAGGUAUAGUGACGCUUGUUCCGUGGCAUGGAUGGUUACAGUCUCAUGUGCUGUGGACUAUGUCAUAACACCAAGAAACUCGCACUCAAGGAGAUAUCCUGCAAGUUCUAGUGAUGCUGCAGAGUCGAGUGCAAUACCUGCAUUAGAAGUAUUAGGACUGUGUGAAAGUCUACACAUGUAAAGUACCUAUAGACUGCAUUUUCUCUCGCGUGAUAGAAUUAACAUGAGAAUGUAGCCGUUAAUUAAUAUCAACUGAAUUUAGAACUACAGCUGCAAGUGCUGCAACAGUAGACAGUAGUAACUACAUAAUUACUGGAUGUGUAUGUUUAUAAUGCUCACUAUAUAUAAACCAUGACAAUUUUGAUGGUUUAAUGCCAGUUGUGUUAAAUAUUAGUGUAAAUACGUAAGAUAGUAAUUUAUUUGUAGAAACUUUUUAAAAUAUAAAAUAGUUGUAAAAAUGAAAGGGCUUUCUUGAAGUCAAAAAAGGCUAUUGGGUCAUGCCACGAAUAAUUAACGCAAGUCUCGAUUUCAUAUUUACAUUUAUGAACUAGGGAUGAAAAGUGUAUCUUAUAAAAGUUAUAAAGGUUAUAGUUUGGCCCAGGAUUGUUUCAUUUCAAACAUAGACAGAGAUAAUCAUACUGUCUUCGUCUUACGCUAGUACUAGCAUCCAAAAGAAAUGGAUUAGUAUAUAGUUUUCUUUGUUCUUACUUACUGACAACUUGAGUUUUCCAGCAGACUAUAUUAAAUUAGCACUUAAAUUUGCAUCAUUAAUUAAAAUGAUGACUCGCGUUACUCUUGCUGUUUAUUCUACCCUAGUUACCAUGGUUAGUAAGUAACCGUAGCUUUUGGUAUUUAGCUUCUUCAAGUGAAAGGUAUGAUCUGUAGGUAAUUAAAAAUAAAAAUAAAGAGGCUCAAUAUUAGUUGUAAGGGUUUAAAGAAUAGUCUCAAGCAGCCCAUCAUGCAAGGAAAGAAAAUAGAAGCGAUUUUUUUGUUUGUUUUAAAAUCGAACAAUAUAUAACCAAUUAAAGCUUGACCAGUUAUAUAUGAUCACGCGCCAUAUUGCGGAAUUUCAUUGGAACUAAAUUUUUCAUACUAAACUGAACUGUCACCCUAUGAGAAUAACAGCGCCCUCUUGACAAUGAUCAUAUAUACUAUCUGGUCGGGCUUUACCUUUGUUCCAUUUGAUAAUGUAUAUUUACAUUUCAUGGGAGGUACAGUCGACGUCAAAGAUAUAUUACUUUCGCACUUUUACAAGUACAUGCGGCCCACACCAAUUUUGGUGACGCCUGCUCGUGCUUGCGCCACCUUGCGGUCAUAUCUGUCGUAAUAGACGCGUUUUGUAUAGAGAGUGAACCUUCUGUACGCAGUACUAUUAUUUAUUCUGUGACCGUAUUUCUUUGUAAUAAGGCGAAAUAUUGACGUCGACUGUAACUAAUUUGUACUAGUAUAAGGACGGUGGGAUGCUAGAGGAUAGAUAUCGAUAAAAAAUAUGAACAUGUUCGUGUAUACCAAAUAUGGUAAAUUUUCAUAAUAAAUUGAUACUUACUCGUAAAAUUGAGCAACGAGCGUAGCGGGUGGUACCGGGCAGGGACUGCAUAACCGAAAAAUAACGAUACCUUUAUAUAACGGUAUGACGUCAUACCGGUUUAAUCCGAACCGUUUAGGUAGCCGAAUAAAUUUAUUUCCCUACCGGUAAAUAACGGUACCGUUAUUUUGUCGGGUAUCUUAACCGCUUUCAUAAAGGUACCCUAUCACCUUAGGCGUCGUUGCCAAGCCGCCCGCACCUUGCGCAAACUUGGUUCCUAUUGGAUAAAGCUGUCCAUAUAAAUGUAAGCCCGUAAGUCCUUUGAUUUUAUUUAAUACUAUCAGUGUGGCUAUAAUACCGGUUAAGGUAUAUACCGGAAAAAAUACUGGUACCGUUAUUUUAAAACGAUAGCGAUACCUUUAUAUCGGAGUCGCGCAGCCUAACUGGUAUAAUGUAUCGGUAUCGUAAUUUUAUUCCGCUACAAUACCGUUAUACCGUUACCGAAAUCAGUCCCUGGUACCGGGUUAACCCGCCAACUUUUGAGUGGUUCAAGAAGCGGAAUCUUGAGUGGCUGCUAGGGUUUAAAGGCACGAGAAGCAAAAUAAUUUUCCUACCUGCUAUAACAUAAUCUGUCAUUUAAGAAUAGCUUAUAUUCUAUGUUAACCAUUAAUAAGUACUCAAAGUGAUCUAGAAAUAAGUGGUCUUUGUACUGAAAGUAAUAUUUUUAUCAUACAAGCUCGGAAAUGCUCUCUUUGUUCUUUAAUAACAGAUUCUUUGUAUAUUUUGGAUUGAGAGUUUCUUUACGUUUAGCUGUCGAAUGGAUUUCCAAGUGAUGGUUUCGAAUGAUAAAUAUUAAAAUAGCAUCUUCAUCACACUUGCUCGAAAAAGAUCUUAUUUCUUACAGGUGUACUGAAGGACAAAUGCUUACAUUGUUUCCGCGAGAGCGGCGGGAGAUAUGGAUUGUAAAAAAAAACUAUAACGCCCUAGGGAGUUACUUUUUUUUAAAUUAUGUCACUAAUUCAUACAAACUAAGUAGCGAAAAUGAGUUUUACUUAUAAAAUAAUGCCGUUAAUAAUUUAAUAUGUUUGUUUAAGUUAAAAUAUAUUUAAUUUGAUAAUUUUAAUAGCCGUUUAAAAUACUUUUACAUCAUUUUCAAUCGUGGCUGAAUGCCGAAUAGGUCUUUGCCUUCGAUGCCUAACCUACACUAUGGUGGACAAAUGUAUUAUAUGUUACCGUAUUUAAGAAUAAUUCCGCUUAAAAUUUAGUUUUUCCUUCGCAAGUGUGAUGAAAAACAUUGUGUGUAACUCCGGGGGUAAGAAUAUUGCAAACUCGGGUUUUUAAUCCCUCGCUUCCAAAGUUUCACUUACCCGCCUUGUUGCACAAUGUACUAUAAUGAAAACAAAAAAUAUUACUUUACUAAUCCGCAAAAGAUAACGUGCUAGUCAAUCAGUGCUAACCCGUUAUACUUACUUGCGUAUUUUUACAUGCAAUUAAUGUUCCCACCGCACCACCCGAAAAAAUAAAUACGCAAAUAAAUAUAACAACCCACCACCAAAAGUACAAAACUCAACUAUGAGUUGCGUAUUUAUUUUUGCGGUCGGACAGUGAAAACAUUAAUUGCAUGUAAAAAUACGCAAGUAAGUAGGUAUAACGGGUUAUCAUUGAUUGACUAGCACGUUAUCUUUUCGAGGAAAUAAAAUUGUUUUUCAUUAGUGGCAGAGUGCGCUGCCUCGGCCGAGGCACGUCUACAUUGGCCGUUUGCCGCGCGAGAGAAUUGCCUCGCGACGCUGCUCGCUCUGUGUGGACCCGCCUAUUCAGCAGCAAAGUUUGUUUAACCCUAGUGCCUUGUACCCUGGCAACACUUAAGAUUCUCUUGAUGGGCCUCAAUAUUAGCACAAGGGGCUAAACAAUACAAUUUUACCUCUUGAAAUACUAGUAGGUAACUAUGUAUUUAUAGAGACUUGUUAAAAAUCGUACUAUGACUGUAUCUACUUACCUAUCAAGUAAUUGAUUAUUCUUUAUUUCAAUAAAUUAUCUAAUAAUAAAAGGUUACAAUCCCUUGCUGAAUUUAAA